AUGGAUGAUGCCAAGGUGAUGUUGCGUGAAGCAGUCACCUUGCCUUUGAAAAUGGUCCAGAGCGACUUUCAUCGCAUCUUUUGGCGGUCGGCCGAGCGCACUGCGUUGCUGUUGAGUGGCCCCAUGGGCUCGGGCAAACGCGCUCUGGCCGAGGCGGCCGCCGCCGCGGCCGACGCACAGGUGCUUCACUUAGCAGCUCAAGAGGCUGUCAAGGUUGACUUUUGCAGGAAAGCCUUGUCGACAGCUUCUUCUUCGCAGAAACCAGUCUUGAUUCUCGUGGAGGGUUUGGAAAUGGCACCUGAAGCGACGACAUCGAUUCGGCAAUGUCUCAGUGAGGUAUCCAGAAGUCCACAGAGGGUUGUGUGUGUUGCGACUGCCAGUGCAGAACCCAGUAGUUUUCUUCAUCCAAUCGAGCUCUUCCCCUUCGGUUGGGUGGUUCAGAUAGCAGCACCCAGCCAGGCAGAGCGCAAACAGUUCUUGCUGAAGCUGCUUGCGCAGGUCUCACGCGUCGAUGCUCCCUGGGGAUCUGCCUUGAGGGAAUCGGCUGUCGACACCCUGGCCAAUCUGACCGAAAACUACACCUUCGCGGAGAUGGACUUCGUGGUGCGGCGGACCUUUCUGCGCAGCAGCAAUGAGGAGGGACGCCGCGAUCCGGUGGCCCUGCACCACUUCGAGAAGAUUUUGGCGGAAACGCCUCCGACAAGUCUUCGAGCCUUUGAGCAAGGCUUUGUGUUACGAAAAGCUUCGACCUUCGGCGAUGCAGCGAGCAUCAGCGACCCAAAGAAACCAGAGAAGAAGAAGAAAAAAGACGGCAAAGAUCCCAUGGAGAGCAUCUUUGGGUGGUGCAAUUUCUGGUUGCCAGAAGCUUUCCAUCUGCCUCCUGUGAUCUGGGCGAUGAUCAUCUUCGGUCUCCUAGCCCACUUGAUGGCCAAGACCACGUACCAACCAUACAACAACCGACGGAAACGCGGUAGUGAACGAAAUCGCAGUUCACUCUUCAGCGAACUGAACGCUGGCAAUCCGUAUGCUUUGGGGGAAGGCUUAGGGGAUUGGCCUUUGGGAGGAAACAGUCCUUUCGCUGGCUUCCCAAACAUGGCGGGCAUGCCCGGGAUGCCUGGGAUGCCGGGCAUGCCCGGCAUGGGCAUGCCUGGCAUGCCAAAUGCCGGUGGUCGCGAGGACCGUGGAGGUGAGACUGCGACACCAGCGGCUGGCCAUGGAGAAAGCAAUGAAGGGCUGUCUGGGGCCGGCAAGGCCUUGUCAGCUCAGCAGACAAACUUUGGAAAGUUGAGUCAGACAAGCAGUGAGUCCUGUGACCAGCCGACCAGCUUGCCAUGUAGAAAAGGAGAAUCAUGA